AAGAAGAAGAAAAGAGGUGCUUUGCGCACCCCAAACAGCCCCUAUAUAUCUGCAGAAAAUCUGUAGUGUUUGUGUGCGCUCUCUCUCUCUCUCUCUCUCUCUGAGCUCGGAACCAUGGCCGAUGGUCACCUAUUCAACAACAUCUCUCUAGGUGGCCGCGGUGGCACUAAUCAAGGGCAAAUUAGGAUUCACUCGGGGGGUAUAUUGUGGAAAAAAUCAGGGGGUGGGAAAGCUGUGGAAGUUGAUAAGGAUGAUAUUGUGGGACUUUCCUGGAUGAAGGUACCCCGGUCUAAUCAACUUGGUGUUAGAAGUAAGGAUGGUCCGUACUACAAAUUCACUGGUUUCCGUGACCAGGAUGUGGCUACUCUUACCAGUUUUUUACAAAGCACUUGUGGAAUAACACCUGAAGAGAAGCAGCUUUCUGUUAGUGGAAAAAACUGGGGUGAAGUUGAUUUGAAUGGGAAUAUGCUGACUUUUCUAGUUGGUUCAAGGCAAGCAUUUGAGGUGUCUUUAGCUGAUGUCUCCCAAACACAACUGCAAGGAAAAAAUGAUGUCAUUUUAGAGUUCCAUGUGGAUGACACAACUGGUGCUAAUGAGAAAGAUUCAUUGAUGGAGAUAAGUUUUCACAUACCUAAUUCCAACACUCAGUUUGUUGGUGAUGAAAAUCGUCCUCCUGCUCAGGUCUUCCGUGACAAAAUCAUGUCAAUGGCGGAUGUUGGUGCAGGCGGUGAAGAAUCUGUUGUUACAUUUGAAGGAAUUGCGAUUCUUACUCCAAGGGGCCGAUACAAUGUUGAACUUCAUCUUUCAUUUUUGCGGCUUCAGGGGCAAGCUAAUGAUUUUAAAAUUCAGUACAGCAGUGUUGUUCGCCUUUUUCUAUUGCCCAAGUCUAACCAACCGCAUACCUUUGUUGUUGUUACUCUCGAUCCACCUAUCCGUAAAGGUCAAACUUUGUACCCACAUAUUGUUUUGCAGUUUGAAACAGACUAUGUGGUUGAAAGCACCCUAUCAAUGAAUGAUGAUCUUUUUAAUACCAAAUACAAGGACAAGUUAGAAUCAUCGUAUAAGGGCCUGAUUCAUGAAGUAUUCAUAUUGAUAAUGCGUGGCUUGUCCGGUGCAAAAGUCACUAGACCAGGAAAGUUCCGUAGCUGUCAGGAUGGUUAUGCUGUUAAGUCUUCAUUGAAAGCUGAAGAUGGUGUCUUGUAUCCACUUGAAAAGGGUUUUUUCUUUUUACCUAAGCCUCCAACUCUUAUUCUUCAUGAAGAGAUUGACUAUGUGGAGUUUGAAAGGCAUGCUGCUGGAGGCUCAAAUAUGCACUACUUUGAUCUUCUUAUCAGAUUGAAGACUGAGCAAGAACAUCUUUUCCGGAACAUCCAGAGGAAUGAAUAUCACAAUCUUUUUGACUUCAUCAGUGGGAAAGGUUUGAAAAUCAUGAACUUGGGAGACAUCCGAACUGCAGAUGGUGUUGCAGCUGUUCUGCAAAGUGAUGAUGAUGAUGCUGUUGACCCACAUCUUGAGCGGAUUAAGAAUGCAGCUGGUGAAGAUGAGAGUGAUGAGGAGGAUGAAGAUUUUGUUGCUGACAGGGAUGAUGGAGGCUCACCUACCGAUGAUUCUGGUGAAGAGGAAUCUGAUGCUAGUGACAGUGGAGGCGAGAAAGAGAAACCUGCCAAAAAGGAAUCCAAGAAAGAACCAUCUACAUCGAAGGCAGCCUCCAGUAGGGGUAAGUCUAAAGAUGGUGAUGAAGAUGGUUCGAAGAAGAGGAAACAGAAAAAGAAGAAGGAUCCGAAUGCACCAAAGAGGGCCCUAUCUGGUUUUAUGUUUUUCUCACAGAGCGAAAGGGAGAAUAUUAAGAAAAUUAACCCUGGAAUUGCAUUCACUGAUGUGGGAAGAGUUCUUGGAGAUAAAUGGAAAAAGAUGACAGCUGCGGAGAAAGAACCAUAUGAAGCGAAGGCCCAGGCUGACAAAAAACGCUACAAGGAUGAAAUCAGUGGGUACAAGAACCCUCAGCCGAUGAACAUAGAUUCUGGAAAUGAAUCUGACAGUGCAUAGUUUUUGUUUGUUUUUUUUCACAAUUAAGUUGGAAGUGGCGGUGUUUAUAGGUCCUUAAUGAUGUUUCUAUACCAAUUUUCCGUAGUAGAAUUCUCUUAUGGUAAAAUGCUCAUAGAAUGGCAUACAAGUUUUUGGCACAUUUGGAUAUGUAAGAGAGAACCUGUUUGUUUAGUAAUUGGCAAGUCGUAUAGGGAAAUGUGGUGACUAUUUACACAAAGCAAUUGAUUCGUACACAUCCAAAAAACAAAAAACAAAAAACAAAGUGUACUAAUAUUCUCAAAAUUCAGCAAAGGUGAGAUUUGAUA